AUGCCUUAUUCGUGUGAUAUUUCGGCGUCUCCCGUUAUGGAUCCCGCCACAAUAUUCAAUAAUAUAACAUCUUACAGUUUUCUUCGCUAUCUUCCCACCGAAGAGGCUGCACAAAAGUUUUGCCAUCUUGUGGGGCUUGUGCCUCAUCCAGACCUAACUGGUUUCUUUCCGUCAUGUCCUAAGUGCGGAGGCACUAUGCGGAAGGAACCGGCUCCAUCUGACAGGUUCGGAUUCGUCUACCGCUGUGAAAAAGUACAGCAGAAAAAGAAGAUGAGGAGGCGGACUGGCGGCACCGUCUUCAGGGCCAUGUGCACUGGUUCCCUGUCUUGCACCCACAACACCUUUUUCGAAAGGACACAGCUGACAGCCCAAGAGGUGCUGAUGCUUGUCUAUUCGUGGGUCAAGCAGGAGCCGGUCACCGUCGCCGCGGAGGAAUGCGGCGUGGCCCCCAAAACAGCGGUAGAUUGGUACAAUUACUGCCGUGAAGUUGCGGAGGUUUUCGUCUCCCACCAGCAAAACAUCCAGCUCGGGGGUGAAGGCAUGACCGUCGAGAUCGACGAGACCUUCACCCGGAGGCGAAAAUACAACCGCGGCCGCGUAACUAAAGGCACCCAAAUCACCAUCUUCGGUGCCUAUUGUCGGGAAACAAAAGAGGUGAUGUACUGGCAUGUGGACAACAAGAGCCGACGGGUUCUCUGGAGCCACAUGCUCAGAUACAUCGCCCGCGGUUCCAUCAUUGUUUCCGACAGCGCGGCCCAAUAUCGCGGUUGUACGACGAUGGGCUUCUCUGAACAUAAGAUCGUCAAUCACAGCCAGCGGGGCCCCGGGAGAUUCGUCGACGCCGAUGAUCCCGAGGCCCACACUCAGAACAUCGAGUGCAGAAAUCGCUGGCUGAAGAAGUCCAUCAACUCGCUCCGCACGGACAGGAGCCUGCAGAGCUACAACUGUACAUUUCUCGGGGACAUCGCGGCCGUCUACCUGGGCCCCGGUCAUCAGGGUCUCCAACUCCGGACGAUUGGUGUGCCCGUGGAUCAACAUCUGCCGCCGGACGAGCCCUAUUUCGAUGUUCCCGUGCACGAGGGCGACGAAGAGGAACGGCAGGGGAUGACGACCGCCCAACAACAUCGGGCGCAAACACCACCUUCGUCAUCGACUCCCAGGACCUAG